CGCGCUGGGAAAAGAGAGGCAAUCCACAUGGCGCCAAAACGGCAGCACGACGUCUCCGAUCCAGAAGGACGACAAAAUAAAAGGAUAAAGACAAAUGCCGGUGCCGCAGUUCCCGGAGCUGUGUCAGUCAACACACCAACGUUCGUGAACGCACGAGGAAUCAGUGCCGCCUUGCACAUUUACAACACAUCACAAUUGGCAAUAAACCUAAAUGGGUUGCGGACGUUUGCUGCCCCGGGCGCUUGGAGUGAUAGUAUCGCCGAGGACAGAGUGAGGUUGCUCGUGGACUGGAUAGAAGGGCCUGGCAUACAAGACGUAGAGAGAGUACUUGAUUCGACCAAAAAUCUCUUCUCCGUGCUCACUCCACUGUUCUCUUUCCUCGGACAUGUUGUGCGUGCUCUCCGGACACGCCCCGACGCUGUGGGUGGGGUCAUUGCAUUUGGAAACGCCCUUCUUUCGGACCGUCACGCCGAGAGAUUGAAUCGGGCAGUACGACAGGAUGAUGCAUCGCUUGUUUUAUCAUGUCUGAAGUUGUGGCUUGAGCUGGCUUCGGUAGACGCGCUGCAGGAACGGGUCGCUGCCACGUGGAAUUGGGGCGGGAAGGCUGGCACAAAACUUCUAUCUAUGCGUAGAAAGGGCAACAUGAAUCCGACGGACGAUCCAAUACGCCACCCGGACAUCCGAACGUCAUACAUCCUCUUCCUGCUCUCUUUCCUAACCCCUUCCACGCCAUCGUCAUUGAAACAAUCCUUCCUUUCUCAGAAGGACACAUUUACGGCCAUAUUUAGGGAUCUAAGACGAGACCACACGGCUAUCAUUCGUAAGGUUCUUGAGGUCUCGUGGGGAGGAAUCUGGGAAGACAGGAGGGUGCGAAGAACGGCCAAGAUAAGCGUAUUCAACGAGUGGCUGCUUAAUCAGAUUCUCCGUCUAUACGAACGAGGCGACAAUGAUGACCCGUCACAGCCUUUUUCGCCGGCUGAUCUCGCCCAUCAUUUCCUUCUGGCUAUUUGUACCCGACCAGGAGUUGGUGUGUGUUUUCCCGACAAUGGUUGGUACCCCCGAGAGAGUGAAUUUGGGGAAGAAAACGAGGUCGCAAUAGACGAUGGGGACAUUGAAGCCGGCCAAGGACACAGCUCCCGCAAGGCACGCCUUUACAACAUCAUCCUUGCCAACUUUAUCAAGGUUUUGAAAGUCGGAGAAGACGCGCGGCAACAGGAGCUUGCUCUGAAGAUCCUUGAAGCAUGUCCGGAGCUCGUUGCGGCGUAUUGGCCGGCAGCCAACAUCUCGUUGGAACCUCGUCUCUCUUCCCGCUGGAUAAUUAAUGCUGCAUUCGUCGGUCGCGUUAUCUCCCUCCCCGUACCUCUAGGCUGUUUCCGACUUUCAUCAUCGUCUCUUUCAUCGGACGCAGACGAGAGAUCAUAUCGACCGGAUCCUCCUCCACUUCCGACUUUGUUUGCCAAUGCGUUCCCGUCCCUCCUGAACCGCACACAUCUCACGAAAGGACUGCAAGCCAAACAAGGUCUCGUUCAGCUGCUCACUGCGCAAACGCUCACCCGAUGUUUUGAGAAACUUGAACGAACAUGCAGUGAAAUGCUGAAGAUUGCCGAAGUAUUGGGCGAAACUCCGGAUGAAGGGCAAUGGCGAACCCGGCGGAUGGAACUGCAAAGCGAGGCACGUCGUCGCGUUCCAGAUUUCUCCGUUAUCAUCGCAUUCUCCCAGCAGAAGAUAGAAGGGGAUGGGGAAGCGGCAGAAAAGAAAAGGGCUAUGCUGAAGGAAGUGGCACUUCGACUUUUGUGGUGCUAUCAGCGAAGUUUGCCAGACCUCGUGGCCGAGUUUCGAUUCGAUGCAGGCAAGCUGUUCACUCCUCGAUACUGCGAGUCCUUCCAAGGUGUACCCAGCGAAGAUCAAGAACAUAUCAACCAGCUUUCUGAGCUAUGUCAGCUUCACGCGUUGCGGUUGCUUCGGACGAGCGAGCAAUUUAACUGGUCAGCGAAGCCCAGCGGAUUUCCUCAUAGCUUCUUGUACUACUUUUUGUUGAUCCGAGCCAAAACACGUCACACGGCCCUCAAAUGUGCAUCCGAAGAGCUGGUGCAGCACCUGCUCGGUACCAGCUUGCUGUUCGAGCAUGAUCCCAAUGAGCUGCAAGUUUGGCUCGAAGCUUUACCCACUUCCAUCAGGGAUGGCACCGUAGAAGACUUGGAUGGUGCUCCUCUGACCGACGAAGCGCACGGGGUUAUUUCCGUGUUAGACGACUCUGUUCAACGCUGUCUGAAGACGCCGUAUCGUUAUGUGGAAGAACUCGGUGCUCUUUUGACAACAGAAGACGAUGCCGGUAUCCCAUUGUCUGCUCGAGCACCUUCAUUGCCUAGCCCAUUGUUCAUGACUCUGCUGGAACAACUGAAGGCCAAACACAGGGUAGGCACGCUAUCCUUCUCCGACACGAUUGCGUUAUUGGCUUUUAUUCGAAGAUUGAUUACCGGUUUGGUCGGCAAGCAGCAAAGCCUCAAGAGUGCUUCCUUAUUGACGACGCGCCUUUCGGAAAUUGUCAAUUCUUUCGAUGAAAAUCAUGUCACCCAAUCUGUCACAACCAGUCCCCGGAAACAGGAUUAUCUUAUUAGAGAGGUCUCAUUACUGUCUGACAGUCUCGAACUGGUCUCCGGUGGAAUCCUGCAUACCUCCACGCCUCCGCCAACUCCUGUAUCUUUUGUGCAGGAAAUCACUGAGGCGCCCGUGUCCGACGACCCUGAGAGCAACCGCCGCGUCGUCAGCCGUCUCGUGGAUAAAUUCCGUCUCCGGUCAUCCCCAUUGCCAGGUUCUCAGUUGAAGGAUCUCGUUCAAGCGGUCUUAGACAAGUCUCCCGACGGAAGCCAACUACGCGAGCUGCUGCUUUUGCUCAGUCCCAAACAUGAAAAUCUCUGGAGUAUAUUUUCGGUGAAGGAAGCUGGCGACAUUCUGGAACAUGCCGGAUCAAUUUUCUUCGUCGGUUAUCUGCAUGCGGCAAUAUCCAAUCUGGAAUCCCCUGAGAUCAUUGAUACUCUGGCUCGACUCGCGGAGCCCUUGCUCCAAGCACCAUAUCAGGCAACACUAUUGUUGAACUGUCUGCUGGGACGGCUAUCAGCUGUUCGGAAGCGCCCAGACUGUGGUUCAAAGGACGAACAUGCUUGCCUUCACCUUCUCAGCGCAGUUUUACAGCUCCCUCUAUCUCCCAAGAUCAAGCAGAGAUUCAAAGAGACAUUAUUUUCGGAGAGUCAGAUCAUGAAGGAGAUAUUUUCUACCCCAGAAGGCUUCACGAAGGUGCUUACUCCAAUUGUCAAAGUGUACCUCAAUGCGACUUCGGAUGACGAUCGUCGGCUGGCCGCUCCAUAUUGUGAAGCAUGUCUUCACAUGAAUGUGCCCCAGUUAGCAAGAUCCAAAGACUGGGUAUCGUGCUGGAUUCCGUACUUGACUUCGCAACAGUCAGCUCCUCUUGCCGAAAGACUGAUAGUGGCAAUGGCAAUAGAACCUGACGUUGCUGAUUUACUGGUCGUGGUUCUUGCGACUCUCGCUUUGAACGCCAGCGAUGAUAUUCGGCCCAUUCUGAAGAUAAUAGUUCUGGUGAUCCAGCAGGAUGAAAUCUUCCGAAAUGAAAACGCUUUGCUGGCUCUGAAGAAUCUGUGCCAACUCACCCUGCCCCUGUACAUAGAGAGCUCUUCUUUUUCCCCGGACACGCACGUGAAAGGACGGGCCGCCAUCGCCGUUCAGCAAUUUCGGCACGUGGUUCAAUGCUCCGAUGAACCUGUCACGAUCUCAGCUAACUCGAUGAAACCGGAUGCAAGGAUCUCUCUGGCAUUGGCAUCGCUCACAUAUCGAACUGCUUCAAUCAGGCAACAGUUAGCGCAAUGCAUCGAAGAGAGCGGCUCAGUGAUUCCUUGGGCGGACACUGUGUCACUCGUCCAGAAUUUGCUCGAGGCAGAAAUUUUAUUGCCACUAGAGAAACGGCAAUUGAAAUCCCUUUCCGCUGCAAAGAGUUUCAUAAGGAAGCUUCUAAACAGUAUUUUGCUCUCGGUGGAAGAUGCUCAACUGAUGGAGUCCUGCGAGCAAGCGCUGCGUUCGUAUGUGCUACUUGCUGGUGUUCCUGAGGUUGCUGCCCAAAUCACUCUUACAAUUCCCUCGACAUCGCCCAUGCCAUUUAAUCGGCACUCGCUCCGCUUCAUCAACUGGAUGGUAUCUCGGGACGACGACGCGGAGAUGCGGAAUUGCCUGAUCGCGUUCGCUGACAGCGUGCUUCGUUGGCUCGUCAGAAGAUUUUCAGAAGACGAGAGUGAUUCCCUCGAUUUGUUGAAGGGAUUAGUACCUUUCGGCAAGAUCAUGCGAAAGAACGGCUCGCUGAAGAGGCAUUUGGUAGAGCCUGUGCUCACCUCCAUCAUUCGCUCCCGAUUUACGGUCGUUGAGCCGGUCGAGUUUGCCUGUGUGCUCUGUGAGAUGGUGGACUUACCGAGCGAUGUAUCGAUGCGUUAUCUCCAGUCAGUCUUGCAGCAACCCCAGUUGAGGCAAGCUUCCGCCGCAUCGAACCCCCGCCUCCACUGUGCCCUUGUACGACUCGUCCACACAUUGUGUCUUGUUCAUCCACAAACCGCCUGUCAACCUGCACAGUUGCGACAAGUGCUGACGUUGUAUGGCGGAAGUUUGUCCAUUGCAGACAGGAGAAUUGUGAAUCUCCUCCGGAUGUUUGAGAAACAGCGCUCGGCCACCGCCCUGUCAUUACUCGCUACUGGUCUGCAUGGCGCAUCUUCGACUCGAGUCAUCGAUCUUUUGUGUUCCUUAGAUGCCGCUCGAAUACUCAAGACAUGUGUGGAAUUCCCCCAAUGGCGCGAGUUCAAUACCGAAGUGGACACUGUACCGGAGACGGAUCAAUCCGAUCUCUAUGACCCGGUAUAUGUUUUCGGACUUUUCAGCGCUGUUGUCAGCCAGGAAAGCCUCAAAGGUCUGGAAUGGGUACGCAUCGGCCGCACAAAUGUCAUGAGCCUGGCAAUCUGUGCUCUCGCCUCGAAACAAGCGAGGAUGCGAAAGGUGGCAGCGACUCUCAUCGGCGCCACCUGGACGGCAAUCCAAUCCACCGAAUUUAUCGAGCGCGAUCAGCUGUCCUACACUCUCCAGCUGGUUCGUAACGUUCUUGCCUCGGAAACCGACCCAGAACGACUGCCAACCUUCACCGUUCUGCUCGCCGCAUACGCCGUACAUUCCCUUUUCCACCCAGCGGUACUCGUCUACCCUCACAUUGCGCAUUUCCUACUCCAGCGCCCAGCGUUAGACCCGACAGACGUACCGAUGUUAUACAACAUGCUCUACCCAACCUCUGACGACUGGCGACGCGAGCGACUCUGGAUGCUGCGUUUCCUCAGCCAAGGGAUGCGAAGUGCCGCUGACUGGCACGCGUUCCGCCGCCGUCGAGCCUGGGACCUGCUCGCAACACUCUUCAGCUCCGAGCCGGAGGACAGAGCUGUCCGGCCAGCGAUAUUCGAAGUCCUAGGCAGCUUGACCAGGAGCAGGUACGCCACGCAUGCGCUGGUACUCCGUUCUUCUCUCCUGGCGUGGAUCGAGCUCCAGCUGUUCACUCCCAAGCCGGGGGAAUGUCUCCCCUGGCUUCGCGUACUCGAGAACAUAUGCAUGGUCGUCAACCCCGUAAAAAUGGAGACAGACACGUACGGUUCCUGGCGCGCGGACAUCACCCGGUGUGUAGGGAAGGUGCUGCGUGCUGUGCCGGUAGAAAAGGGGGCGCUCAGGGCGCUCGAGUUGGGGGGGAGGGUCAUCCUCCGUCUGGCGCUGUUACAGGGGGAACAAUACUGGCCGAUCAGGGAGGUGCUUGACCAGUGUGUGACCCUCCUAACGGAAGUGGAGAGGUACUUGGGGGACACGCCCGUGCCUGGGCCGUAUGUUGAGGAACAGUCGGCGCAGUAUCAUUGUUCUAUCACUCCUGGCGAGGUGCCCCUUUCUGCAGAAGAGGCAGGCGAGCGCUGGGCGGUAUGCGUACGCCAGCUGUGGAGGGUCGGGAUGUCCCUUCCCCUCGAUGCAGAACCCCAGGAGGGAAGAGAAAGAUACAGGUGGUGGAUGGAGCUCACACCGCGCUUAAUUUCCCUCGGCUCUGCAGGGGGAGAGGAAGCUGAAUGGGCACGAGAGGAGGUGCUGAGGGAUAUCGUCCUCCGGUCGGUGGAACUUGAGGAUACCUGAUAUUAGAUACCUUUCUGGCAUACGUAGACUACAAU